GGCGGGGAGGAGGCGGCGGCGGAGGCGAGCGGAGCGGCGGGCGGGCGAGCGGCCCCGGCGUGCGGAAUCACUCGAGGCCCAGGCGGAGCGAGGGGAUCGCGGCUCCCCGUGAAGAAUGUCAGCCACCAGCGUCGACCAGAGACCUAAAGGACAGGGAAAUAAAGUUUCAGUACAAAACGGUUCGAUUCAUCAAAAGGAUGCAGUAAAUGAUGAUGAUUUUGAGCCAUAUCUAAGUAGUCAGACAAAUCAGAGUAACAGCUAUCCACCAAUGUCAGACCCAUAUAUGCCUAGUUAUUAUGCUCCAUCCAUUGGAUUUCCAUACUCUUUAGGCGAAGCAGCAUGGUCAACUGCAGGCGACCCUCCGAUGCCAUACUUGACAACUUAUGGACAGAUGAGUAACGGUGAACACCAUUACAUACCCGAUGGUGUAUUUAGUCAACCUGGGGCAUUAGGAAAUACCCCUCCAUUUCUCGGGCAGCAUGGAUUUAAUUUUUUUCCUGGGAAUGCAGACUUCUCUACAUGGGGGACAAGUGGAUCUCAGGGACAAUCAACACAAAGCUCUGCUUACAGCAGCAGCUAUGGCUAUCCACCUAGUUCUCUUGGGAGAGCCAUAGCAGAUGGACAGGCUGGAUUUGGCAGUGAUACUCUGAGCAAGGUGCCUGGGAUUAGCAGCAUUGAGCAAGGCAUGACUGGACUGAAAAUUGGUGGAGAUAUGACGGCUGCUGUAACAAAAACUGUAGGUUCAGCUCUGAGCAGUACAGGUAUGACAAGCAUUGCAGCAAACAGCGUGCCCCCAGUUAGCAGUUCAGCACCUAAACCAACCUCAUGGGCUGCCAUUGCAAGGAAGCCUGCUAAACCUCAGCCGAAACUCAAGCCUAAAGGUAAUGUGGGCAUUGGGGGACCUGCUGUACCACCACCACCUAUAAAACACAACAUGAAUAUUGGAACUUGGGAUGACAAAGGGUCAGUGGUAAAAGCACCCCCAGCCCAACCAGUACUGCCUCCUCAGACUAUAAUCCAGCAGCCUCAGCCAUUAAUUCAGCCACCACCACUGGUGCAAAGCCAACUGCCUCAACAGCAGCCUCAGCCACAGCAACCACAACAGCAACAAGGACCUCAGCAGCAGGCCCAGCCUCACCAGUUGCAGCAACAACAGCUGCAAAACCGCUGGGUAGCUCCUCGUAAUAGGGGUGUGGGCUUCAGCCAGAACAAUGGAGCUGGUAGUGAGAACUUUGGUUUAGGUGUUGUAUCCGUCAGCUCCUCACCUUCUGGUGUGGAAGUGCACCCAGUGCUGGAGAAACUAAAGGCCAUAAACAACUACAAUCCCAAAGACUUCGAUUGGAAUCUGAAGAAUGGACGUGUGUUUAUAAUCAAAAGUUAUUCAGAGGACGAUAUUCAUCGCUCCAUUAAGUACUCUAUCUGGUGUAGUACUGAACAUGGUAAUAAGCGCUUGGAUGCUGCUUACCGUUCCCUGAAUGGAAAAGGCCCGCUCUAUUUACUCUUCAGUGUGAAUGGCAGCGGACACUUUUGUGGAGUGGCUGAGAUGAAGUCUGUUGUGGACUACAAUGCAUAUGCUGGUGUCUGGUCUCAGGAUAAGUGGAAGGGGAAGUUUGAUGUCAAAUGGAUCUUUGUCAAAGACGUUCCCAAUAACCAACUGCGGCAUAUUCGCUUGGAAAACAAUGACAACAAACCAGUUACCAAUUCGAGGGACACUCAAGAGGUACCCCUAGAAAAAGCCAAGCAAGUGCUUAAAAUAAUUGCUACUUUCAAGCAUACCACCUCAAUCUUUGAUGACUUUGCACAUUAUGAGAAGCGUCAAGAGGAGGAGGAAGCCAUGCGUAGGGAGAGAAAUAGAAACAAACAAUAACUAUAUGGAGAUGUCCUGCUAGAAUUACAACACUAAUGAUGUAGACUCUGGAAAUGCCUAAUAUGUCUAAGAAGACGUUAUUAAAGCUUUUUUUCUGCUUAAGGUGACAUCUUUGAACACUUUAACACAAAAUUGACUCUUCUUGUAAUGGUUCUCAUCAGUGCAUCUGCCCUUAUACUCUCUCACCAAACACACUUGAGAACUGUACUUUCGUCAAGCACUUUCUGUCCUGAAGCUUUUACCAGUAUCUGCUGUCUUUUGUAUUUAUGCAUCCUAGCUAAGGCACAGGAGACCGAACGAAUGCAAGGAUUCAUUAACUCUUUGAAUUUGUUAAAUACUAACAUUUAACCAUUAGAAGUGGUUCAAUGAUGUGAGAUUCACAUUGCUUCAACUUAAUUUUUUCUUUGUUGUAGUUUUUUUAAUUGUCAGUUUUUAGCUAUUCAACAGAUUAAAAGCAAAUCAUGCCAUAUUUAGUCCUGGAGUAAAACUCAAGUCUAAAUGUUCAUGUGAAAAUUAUUGUAGUAAUCUUUUAAUAUGGCAAAGCAACUUUAAGCUGCAGUUUAGCCAAAUGAAACAUGACAUAAAAUUAUAUUAGAAUGACAUUUCCCUUGUUUCAAACUGUUUGGUGUAAGAGAAUAUUAAUAUGCAGCUUGGUGGACACCACCAGUUA